GCGACAAGUCUACUCUCCACCCACAAGGCACUAUAAUACAAAUUCUGCCCCUCACCCAAACAUCACUAUUUGCCGGCAUCGGUGGGUUAUGGUCUCCAUCAGUAGGCAAUUUUUACAGUUUUCGUUUUAAUAAUUUAAUCUAAAUGGAACGAUACAUAUUUAUCAUUGUGUUAUUGGUGUGUUGUCUGCUUGCGGUGCGGUGCUACAGCUCCGGAAAGGUGACUGGGGCGUGUGACAAUAUGACACCGCAACACAAAAAAGGCGCACAGCAAAGCCCCGCUCCAUUCUCUGUCACCACUGACCGGUUCAGCUUCAAGGAGGGCGAUGAAAUCAUCGUCAGGCUCCUGGCAGCUUCCACUCCAUUUAUUGGGUUUAUGUUACAAGCCAGAGAGGUUGGAGGAAGCAGUCCUCUGGGAUCCUUCACUGUAACAAGUGGAGAGGCCCAGCUACUCACCUGCAACGGACUAUCUAAUUCUGCAGUUUCUCACACAUCAGAUUCACCUAAAUCCUCCAUCCUGGGAAUAUGGAGGGCCCCCAUAUCAGGCAACCUCACCUCCAUCCAAUUCAGUGCAUCCUUUGCAAAAGAUUACUCCACCUUCUGGGUUGGAGUGAGAAGUUCUCCAGUCACAUACAACAUCUCUGCUGCACCCCCAGCUAACAGCACAUCCAUAUCCAUCACCUCUAUCUCGUCCUUCGCCUCAUCCUCAAAAUUGUCCAACUCCAGCACUGGAUGUGGCAGCACUAAGGUCUGUUUCAGCCAACCUCUGAACUGUGACCCUGGGGUCAGUCCAGACUGUUACUUCCUGUCUGCUAUGACUUCUCCCGGUGAUACAGCCGUCCAGUUGGAGAUGACCGGCCCUUCAGAUGGCUACAUCGCCAUCGGCUUCUCAGAUGACCAGAGGAUGGGAAAUGAUGACAUUUAUAUUUGUGGACGGGACAGUGGCGGGCUCAUCCAAUUGCAACACGCCUUUUCAACAGGAAGGAAGAGACCGGACAUACUUCCUCUGGGAAAUGUUUCUGAUGUUACAUCCUCAGUGAAUAAUAGUAUCAUUAGCUGUUCCUUCACGACUAGGAACCCCAUUUCAACUCAGCGAUCCGGAGGGUCCAGUUCCCUCUACUAUCUCAUGAUCGUUCACGGACCCUCCAGUAGUGGGACAAUCGGCGUUCAUACUGGCACCUUCAUCAGUGACACUAAAGUGGACAUUUCAAGUCCUCAAGUUGUUACAAGUGAAAAAGAGCCACCUAUUAUUAAAGCACAUGGUUCCCUGAUGUUGAUAGCGUGGAUGACCACGGGUAGUUUGGGAAUGAUCAUAGCCAGGUAUCUGAAAGGUGUGGCCAAGGGGAAACAUUAUUUUGGGAAAGAUGUUUGGUUUCUGGCGCACGUGUCUCUUAUGACACUCACUGUUGCUGCCACCAUCAUCGCCUUCAUUUUGGCCUUCUCAGAAGUUGGAGGCUGGAGUGGGGGAGCCCAUCCUGUGUUGGGCUGCAUCGUUAUGAUCCUGGCCUUCUUCCAGCCUAUCGCUGCCAUGUUCCGAUGUGGACCUCAUCAUCACUGGCGAUUCCUCUUCAAUUGGUCGCAUGCUUUGAAUGCAGUGGCAAUAAAAGGUUUAGCUGUGGCAGCCAUCUUCACUGGGCUGUCGUAUUUUAGCACCUCUGAGGAUAGUUGGCUUCUGAAGGUGAUGGGUGGGUUUGUUGGAUGGGAGGCAACGCUGUACAUCCUGCUAGAACUCCACAUGCGCUGGAAGCUCAAUGAUCAUGCAGAGAGUGCUUCUGAAUCGACAAGAAUGGAGUUGUUACUGCUGGUCUUGUUUUUCCUUGGAAAUAUAGCCUUUUUGGUGGCACUACUUGUUGGAAUUGGCUCGUCAUGAAGAUCUGCUGAGCAAUGGACUGAGAUCGGAACGUUGUGAUACAGUAUAUCUAUAAAAUAGCUCGCUGUACAAUAUAUUUUAAGUUGUUUUAUAUUUGUUUGUUUUAAAUGUUUUAAAGUAACUGUCCAUUGAUUGAGGAUCAAAUGUGAUCAGAUUGUCAAUUUAUACAGUAUCCCUCCAUAUAAGUAUGACAGACUUUCCACGAGGACGGGCAUAUUGGAAAUUUAACCAGGGUUUAUUGACUGACACUACUUUCUUAACACAAAGUAAGGAAUUCUUAACAGACUUUUUCUUGCACAAUACUGGUUCAGUGGACCCAAUUAUUGUACCUUUAGAAGCCAUUCAAUUCAAUUGUCAUCCCUAAAACAGUAUCGGUCAACAGAGAAAAGAAUUUCAACAGAAAUAGAACAUCUAACAUUACACAUCAAUGGUGUUGAAUGUACUACAGAAUCCCUGAAUAAUCUACACACAAAACAAAAGGAGAUUGAGGAAUUUAUUCAGGAAAGACCGAGUUUAUUAUUAUUUUUUUUUCCCAGAGCAAAUUCAAUAUAGUAACCUUACCAAAAAGAACCUACAGAAAAAAGUUACAAACGAUGGAGAAAUCCUUCUCACCAAAGGAGAUUCUGAAUGAGGAAGGUCCUCCAACCUGAGUUGAUGAUGACUUUUGUGAUAUACAGAACCAGUCAAAAGUUUGGACACACCUACUCAUUCAAGGGUUUUUCUUUAUUUUUACUAUUUUGUACCUUGUAGA